CCAUUAUCUGGUACCUACCUGCCGUUUUCUGCCACGAGCUUUUUAGCAUUUUCCCCUAUCCCUAGCCUAUCGUGACCCACUUAGGCACCACGUCACAGCCUGAACAGCCUAUAAUUCAGAUAAGAUAAGCGAAACCGCGGCUUCGAACAGCUUCACCGGUAUUUUUUUAAUUGUUCUGCGCUGUGUCAAUUGAUAUUCGUACAACAAAUCACAACAUCAUCCCAUUGAUUCCUGCUCUGUGGUUUAUUGUCCCUGAGACACGGGGAAAAGGGAAAUGUCCUUCGAAUCCCCUCCCUCCAUUACCACAUCUCUCCACAACACUCUCCUCCACAUCUCACAAAACCCAUAUCCAUACAUACCUAACCCACCAAAUUGUCCAAGGCGCGCAUCAGUAGCUCUAGUAUUACGUAUCCGUCCUUCUCGCCAUGAUCUUCCUCCUACAGCCCCUCAAGUCUUUCCAUAUCCAGAACCACCAACGGACCAGCGACUUGCAAAUUUCUUUGAACAAUCAUGGGUGAAAACCGGUGAUCCUGAAUUGUUAUUUAUCAAACGCGCGGCAAGAGAAGGAGAUCGAUGGACGAGUCAUGUCGCGCUACCAGGAGGAAAGAGGGAUCCUGGUGAUGCAAGUGAUAAAGACGUCGCAGUGAGAGAAACUAGUGAGGAAAUUGGGUUGGAUUUAAGGGGGGAGAGAUGUGUAUAUGUUGGGAACUUGCCGGAGAGGGUAGUAUCUACAAGCUGGGGAUCAGUGCCAAUAAUGGUACUUUGUCCGUUCCUCUUCAUCUGGAUCUGUCCAGCAUUCCCACCACUCCAGCUACAGCCUGCUGAAAUAGCAUCAACGCAUUGGGUUCCCCUACGCGUCCUUCUUUCGCCAUCAGUCCGCACAUAUGAAUAUGUUAAUGUAUCCGAUCGAUUUGCCAAGCAAGGGGGUGUAGUAUUGAAAACGAUACUGAAGCCGAUAAUAGGCAAAAUGAGGUUCUCGGCCAUUCGAUUACGACCCAGUGAAUCAUUGUAUUGCAGUUCAACGAAGGAAUAUUUUUCGGAAGAGUCGCAACCUAAGAAAAGCAUCAUUGAAAGAGCUUAUACUUGGUUUAAAGGGGGGGAGAAAGCACAAAGCGAUAGACCACUCUUACUUUGGGGGUUAACCUUGGGUAUGGUGGCUGAUUUUCUCGAUCAACUACCACCUCAUGAUUCGGUUGAAUUAUGGGAAUAUCCCACUUUUACUUCGCCGGAUAUACGAAUCAUCAUAAAUCUGCUUACACGAAAUAUCAAGAAACGAAAUACGGAACGAUUACGAGGGAGUGCGCACGAUGGGACUGGUAAUCAAACAGCAAUGGAUGGAGAAACAACUGCUGUUGCAAUGCUUGAAAGCGGAGGGCCUUUAAUAGGAAAGAAUAAGACGAAAGAACAUGCAGUAGGCGUUAUGUUAGAAGGAUAUUAUGAUGCAAUGAAGAAAGGUGUUUGGAUUGGUGCCGGCAUAAGAUUAAUGUCAACGCUGGCGUUGAUUUUGUGGCUUGUUAGGUGGUAUAGAUUGAGGAGCAAUAGGGGUAAAUGAUGAUGGAAGGAUUGAUGAUCAUGAAGGGAUACACCCAAAAGUUUUUCACACAUAAUACCCCGAGAAAAUUGCUCCAUGGCCAGUACCUCGGAGAUUCUCAUGCAUCUUAUUUAUACCAUCAUCUCGUAAGUCGAAGUAAACCGACGAGGUAGAUUGCAAAUGUUGAUUAAGAUAAUAAUUAGUCGAUUAAUUGAUUUUGGCUGUAGUUAUAAUUACAUAAUUAUUGGAGCUAGUUGUAGUC